AAUGAACCCGAAACUCAAAUUCAAAUGAAAUUGCAAAGGUUAUAUAUACAGAGGAAGUGUGGCACCUAUGUGCCCCCUAGCUCAAGCACAAGAGCAAUGGACUCGUAAGAGUAGUAACUAAGAAAAUAAAGGUUUCUAAUUUAUUUCGUUCAAUUCUCCGGCGGCACCGCAAACGAUUCCGCCACCGCAUAUGGCAAAAGGUCGAAAACUAACGACCAGCCGGAGCGAGCGCUUCUUGGGAACCUAUGCUUACAGCCAAGGCUCCGCCGCCGUGAACCCGUCGGAGCUUCGGGAAGAGGAUGUAUGGGGCGCCGGAGAUGACGCCGGCGAACGCGAGUGGGAUCCACACUUCGCCGCCAUGAGCAACGGCGGCGGAAGCCGGCGCCGGAUUCCGCGUGACACGGAUGUGCACCGGCGCGUGGGUGGGCUGUCUCUGGCUUUUGAAGCUCCGGCGAGUGGCGCGUCGCCGAGGAUCGUGCACCAGUUUCGCGCGCGUGAAGAGAUGGCGUCGACGCCGCGAGUGCGGCACAUGGCGACGUCGGCGCCGAUGAACGUGCCGGACUGGAGCAAGAUACUCCGAGUCGACUCGGUCGAUUCGCUGAACGACGAUUACAACGACGAAGACGAAUCGGAGAUGGUGCCACCGCAUGAGUAUUUGGCGCGUAGCCAGACGAUGGUGGCUAACUCGGUGUUUGAAGGAGUGGGCCGCACGUUGAAGGGCCGAGACUUGAGCCGGGUUCGUGAUGCCGUGUGGAGCCAGACCGGGUUCGACGGUUAACACCGGGCUCAGGUGGCAAGUGAUGGUUAGUUGAAGACGAUUGUUUUGGUUUUGUUCUGGGCGAUGAUUCGGCUGAGUGGACUCGGCCGAAGAGAGUCCAACUCAGUGGCCAGUGAGCCUGAGCCGCAAUAAUUGAUUAGCAUGUAAUUUAAAUGAUAAUUUGUGAAUUAUGAUUAAGAUAUUUUCCGGCCAAGGCCACUUUAUUUUCA